AUGGCUUCUCGCGUUAAAGAAAUAAAACAAUCUAAGAAGAAAAAAUACAUUUUGCCGACUACAAGUCAACUUCCUCCACCUAUACCAAAUAUGAGCCCUCCUCCUAUGCCUCUUCGUCCUUCCAUGCCAACUUCACAGCCAUCUGACUUUUUCAAAGUGCCUCCCCCGUCUAGCUCGCUUCAGUAUUACUCCAUGCCUUCUCAUAGUGGCUCAGCUUCGACCACCAUUAAUUUUAUGCAUAUGCCUCAUUUGCCAGCUUCUUCCUUGCGCGAUCCUGCUAGUCAGUUUGGUGGCUCACCACCGAUUGCAUCCCCGAGCUAUAGUAGCCAGCAUGAUGGUUCAUCUUUUGUGCCCCGUACAUCUCCCACUCAAUUAUCAUCUCCAUCAUCAUCCACUCCAAGUAUAUAUAACUUGGAUAUUGGAGGCGCCAACGCAGCUGCAUCCCCAUCUAGCAGUACUUCCACAGUUGCCGGUACCGUGAGACAGUGUACUGGAGGGACUGUAGAGUAUGAUUCUCUUCAUCGGCUGAUUAUCGUUGCCCGUGGCGACGAGUUUUGGCCAUCUUAUCAGGCCACACAUAUGGUGAUGGAAGCUAUGAAGCCAUAUUUUCAUGAGCCGUAG